CACAUCCGGGUCCCGGCGCUGGCCCCGCCGGCGCCGCCGCGCCGCUGUCCCCUUCGCGGGCGCCGCAUAAAGUUUUGUUGAGAGCGGGCGGCCGAGGCCCAGCCGCCGCCUCCAGCUUUAACGGACGGAGGCCGGGAGGCCGCCUCGUUCCGCGCCGGGUGGGUCGGGGCGCCCUGAGGGCAGCCCGGGGGGAGCGGCGGCGGCGGCGGCGGCGCGGCCGGGCUUGUGAGCUGAAUUGGAAGAACUGAUUGUUAUUUUUGAAGUGAAGACUUCACCACUGACGUCUAUGUGUUUAUUUGUCAGCGUCCAAGAAAUAAUACAGCUCAUCAGUGGCAAUAACUGCUUUUGAUACACACUGACAUUUAUUUGAAAGCAAGAAUAACAACAAAAAAAAAAAACAGGCAAAACCCAGCAAAUCUUUUGAAGACUUGUGUCAAAUGACGUCAAUGGCCAGUUUGUUCUCCUUUACUAGCCCAGCUGUAAAGCGUCUGUUGGGCUGGAAACAAGGAGAUGAAGAGGAAAAAUGGGCAGAAAAAGCUGUUGAUGCUUUGGUAAAAAAGCUGAAAAAGAAGAAAGGUGCUAUGGAAGAACUGGAGAAAGCCUUGAGCAGUCCAGGACAGCCCAGCAAGUGUGUUACGAUCCCCCGUUCUUUAGAUGGACGACUUCAGGUUUCUCACAGAAAAGGCCUUCCUCAUGUAAUUUACUGUCGUGUCUGGCGUUGGCCUGAUCUACAAAGCCAUCAUGAGCUGAAGCCAUUGGAUAUUUGUGAAUUCCCUUUUGGAUCUAAACAGAAGGAAGUCUGCAUCAAUCCUUACCACUAUAAGAGGGUGGAGAGCCCAGUUCUACCUCCAGUGUUAGUGCCUAGACAUAGUGAAUUCAAUCCACAGCACAGUCUACUAGUUCAGUUCAGGAACCUAAGCCACAAUGAACCACAUAUGCCACAUAAUGCGACAUUUCCAGAUUCUUUCCAGCAACCCAACAGCACUCCAUUUUCCAUUUCACCAAACAGUCCCUAUCCGCCCUCUCCAGCCAGCAGCACUUACCCAAGCUCCCCAGCUAGCUCUGGACCAUCUAGUCCAUUUCAGCUACCUGCUGAUACUCCACCUCCUGCAUAUAUGCCCCCUGAUGAUCAAAUGGGGCAGGAUAACUCUCAGUCUAUGGACACAAGCAAUACAAUGAUCCCUCAAAUCAUGCCAAAUAUAUCUACCAGAGAUGUUCAGCCUGUUGCCUAUGAAGAACCCAAGCACUGGUGUUCGAUUGUGUAUUACGAAUUAAAUAACCGUGUUGGAGAGGCCUUUCAUGCAUCUUCUACAAGUGUCUUAGUAGAUGGGUUUACAGAUCCCUCCAAUAAUAAGAACAGGUUCUGCUUAGGUUUGCUCUCAAAUGUUAACCGCAACUCAACAAUUGAGAACACUAGACGACAUAUUGGGAAAGGAGUUCAUCUCUACUAUGUUGGUGGGGAAGUCUAUGCUGAGUGUUUAAGUGACAGCAGCAUAUUUGUACAGAGCAGGAACUGCAACUACCACCACGGCUUUCAUCCGACAACUGUAUGCAAGAUUCCUAGUGGAUGCAGCCUGAAAAUUUUUAACAAUCAGGAAUUUGCUCAGCUUUUAGCUCAGUCUGUCAACCAUGGAUUUGAAGCAGUGUAUGAGCUCACCAAAAUGUGCACCAUUCGAAUGAGUUUUGUAAAGGGGUGGGGAGCUGAAUAUCACCGACAAGAUGUCACGAGCACCCCAUGCUGGAUAGAAAUUCAUCUUCAUGGGCCCCUCCAGUGGCUGGAUAAAGUACUUACGCAAAUGGGCUCUCCUCUUAAUCCCAUUUCAUCUGUUUCAUAGUGCUGAAAUUCCAUCUUCAGCCUUAUUUUUAGUGAACUUAUUCGAAUUCUAGAGAAACUUCCAGUGUGGAUACUGUGAGCUAUAUGGAGAAUGGAUCGUAUGGUUUAACUUUCUUUUUUUUUAAAUCCCAUUGUGACCAAUUCCAUUGUGUAUAGCUGAGCAGUUUUACAUUUCAAUUUGUUCUUGUGAUGCUUAAGUGACAGUUGAGCCCUAAGGGAAAAAAAAAAAAAAUCUGUUGGAAAAAUUCAGAACCCUUUUCCCCUCCUUGGAGUAGAACUUAAACAGGCAUAUGUCUUAACUGGAAAUUAUUUUUUGUCCUGUAGGGACAAGAAUUAUGAAGACUGAAUUCAGAAAAUAAAUACAUAUCAUAGUUUGGGUUUUUUUUAAUGUUUAUAAAAAUGUUUGAACAUGUGCAGCUCCAGCUUGCAAGCUGUAUUUUUAGUGUAGUUGCUUAACAAAUUAAGUUUGACAUCUGUCAUAAACAAAAUUAGGCUUUAUUAUGGCUAAUUUGCCUAAUUGAACAAUGUGACUUUUUUUAAUGUACACAUGAAAUAUACUUUUUACAGAUAUUGGAGUGGUGUAAAAACACUUUGUCUAUUGGAAAAUGCUGUCAUAAACACAUUGUAUAUGAAUGCAGAAUAGCAGUUCUUAGUCUUUUCCCACUUCAGUUUUGUAAUAUUGCUUUUAACCACCGUUUUAAAUAGUAACUGAUACAAGAUAACAUCUUGCACGUUUCUGGAGUAGUAAUUUUUGUUUUUCUUUGACUUACACUCAUGCCAUUUGGAUGUGGUUGCCAAGGCCUAUUUCUUUUUAGGUACCCUUCUCUAUUUUAACAUAAACACUAGUAUUUGUAAAUGGCAAUGCUUGCUACUUUUUCGAAGGAAUAAGUUUUUUGUUUUCUUUUUGGUGUUUUAGCUGUUUAUUUUGCCUGUCUGGAAUUGAUCUGUGUUAAGCCUUUUAAUCUCUCAGUAGACGUUAUGCAGUAUUAGUGAUUACACUGUAUUUAAUUCACCUUCAGUAUGAGUUUGAGUCUCUUUGAAAACUGCGAGUGGCUUAGCGAAUCAGUAAAUGAAUGCAGAAGCUCUUACUUCCAGAUCAUGGAAUUUAAUACAGACCUGUUGUCUUAAUGACCAAAAGUAAUCACUUCUUUGUAGACUACAUGAAACAGCGAUUUUUGAUCCUGUUCUUAGCAACAGGUGUUGGGUCAGAAUACUCAAAUUGGCAGCUUUAUGGAAAUCAAGGACUGCAUUAAUAUGAUGAGAUCUAUCUUUCUGUAAGGAAUUAUGUUGCCUCUGCUGUUGUAUUACUCGAUUUAAACACUGUACUAAACACUAAAAGAAAUCAGCUAAGUAACAUACGCAUAGUUUUCCCCAUUUAAAAAAAAAUAAUAAAAAAGAUUCAAAGAAAGUUCUAAGAGAAUUACAAGUGAAUUAUAUACAAAAUCCGUUUGCAUGCAGAAGAAGACCUAUGAUAUUUUUAAUUUUUUUUUAACUCCUCCUUUUUCCUGAACAACUCUUCAGGACAGGGUGCAAUGUCAAAGGGGAGAGGCUGAAAACUCCAAAAUGCAAACAGUUACUAAAAGAUGUGUUGCAGUGAACCACUGCAAUCCUGAGACAUUGAUUGCUUACACAAGUUCUUUUGUCUUCUGUUGAAUGACAGUUUCUGCUCAAACGUGGAAAUCACGCAUUAUAUGGUACCUAAGUAAGAGAUCAUCUUAAAGGAGAAAAAUUGUUUACGUGUCAUUAAAAAUGUUUCUUAUGAAAUGCCUUAAAGGAAUAAAGAUAAUCUGUAACACUUCUGCAGAACCUUCAUGUUCUCUUGUACAGGAAUUUCUAUAUUACUUGGUGGUUUUGUUGUUGUUGUAUUUUUGUUCUUGUUUGUUUGUUGUUUUUUUUUUUUUAAAGCAGUUUCUCCAGUGCAUGUUAAAGCGAAUGUGCAUCUUCAGGAGAAGGAGACUAACACUAUUUGCCACUCACUUCUGGGGUCUUCUCUUUCAUUCUUCAGAACAGCAACCCUGUUGAUUGAAUAAGAUGCAAAGUCAUUCGGCCACAGGACCAGGCUUCCCGUUUUCCUCUCCCUAGGCCUGACUUCUAUCAAGUUGCUGAAUAUGUAUAUUUGACACUACAGAUAUUUUUCUUGACGAGCUUUUAAAAUGAAUGUCUUGGCACAUUGGAUCAAAGAAAGAUCUCAGUUGUAGGUACAAGCUUUUGCUUUAUCCAAAAUGUUUUUCACUUGGCUUCACCUCCGUUCACUUGUUUGGAUGCGGCUGACUAAACGACUCAAGAAUGGGUGCUGGAAGUAGGUGUUUGCAAGUCAAAGCUGCUGUAUUGUGGUUAGAUUGGCUACCCAUGCAAUGAACCAUAAUUUCUGCAAUACUCUCUAGUUAACCCACUUCUGAUGCUGUCAUUAAGUAUUAAAGUACUCUGGCAUUUCUGUGCUUGUGUACAUAUUCUUGAUCUGUAAUAUAUGCAGUGCUGGGGUUAUCCUUGCGGCUGCUGAUUUUGCCAGGGCAGGCUUGCAGGAGCAGACCAAGUAAACGAUUUGCCUUUGCUCUGCUUUUCUGUUCCUUUUAAGUAGGACUUAUUUUUGAGAGCUUCUUAGUUUGUCAGUGCGCCUACUGGUUCAUGGUGUUCCUAAUCACACUGAGUUUAUCUGUGCUGCUGAUAGAAAAUUCAGAUAGCAGUGCAUGGAUAAGUCGGAUGAGAACUGUUUGACACUAAUGACAUUUUAAGUGUAGCGAUAACAGAGAUUGUUGCUUCUGUUGCAGCACACUUGUGUGUAAGUCACUUUAUGUAGAUGGAGGGAUGGAGAAAUGAAACCAGCCAGUAAAGUGGUAGUGGAAGAUGAAGUGUUUUCAGUAUAGCCCAGCUUAGACUGAAUGUUACCCUUCAGCGAAAAAUGUUCUGGCUUUUGUAAGUGUGUUUUCUUCUUUUGAGGCAUGUUUCCUCUUACAACCAAACACAGCAAUAACAGCUUUGACAAUACCAGCAAGGAGCCUGGAACAGGCAUACACUGAACUUCUUUCUGGGUUUGCUUUUGUAGUCACUAAGAUAAGAUAUUAUCUUGGAUAUUCCUCCUUAGUGGGCAUCAGUCUUGCUGCCAGUCAGUCCAGCGCCUUGUGGAAGUAUUACAUUCAUUUAAUUGCAUUAGGCAUGAAGUAGUUACUCCUGAAGGGCUGACGUUGAUUUAUCGUAUCUGUAGGACCAAAUUAAAACUUGUAGUAUGGCUGACUGAUGAGAGACAACUCUAACAAAGCAUCCCAUUAACCAAAACAGUGACAGAAUAGCCUACACACUAUGAUUCUGAGUAGAACUGUUUAAAAUACUGGAAUUCUUUCGUUUUUUUUGCAUGGGGCUAUGGCUUUUUUUUCCCCACAGUAUUACGGUGUGAAAGUUGCCAGUUCUUGGGCAGAUACUCUUGUAGUGUAUGUCUAGACAGACGUUGAAAUGUGUCAAGCUUUUCCUUUAGUUUGAAAUGGUUUUUUUUUUGUAUAUUGUUUUAGUUACCCAAAGUACUGCUAGCGAUGGUCUUAAAGAAAACAACGAAACAUUUUCUAAACGUUUGGCUUCAAAAGACAAAUGUGACUAUUUUUUUUUUUUCUGUGUGGUUGUGAAGUUGCUGUUUAGGAAGGAAACCCAUUCUGAAUUCAAAUCAGUAGACCAAACCAUCCGAUUACAGCGUAAACUUGCUUUAUUGUGCUGCUCCAUAAGCCUGCUUCUGUGUUUGUUGCAAGCAUAACCUUUAUGCUUUUGUUUACAUUGUAGGAGACACAGUUCUAGCAAUGAGUUUUUCAUUUAACUCUAAGCAUCUUUUUGUUUUGUUAAUUUUAAAAUUACUAGGUUUUGCUAUGUUACGUUUUUAAAGGUAUUUUUUUGCAUUCUGCUGCUCGUAUUUCAAUAAACAUACAAAAACCAA